CCGGAAGCAGAAUCGAGGCGAGCCUCGAAGUGCCCUCCGCGGAUACCCACUCUUCCCUGGCGAUUCCCGGUUCCCUCCGCACUUUUCACGCUGAACCUUAACUGUCCAGGAUUGUGAGCUCCUGCGAAGCCCAGAGCUGCGUUUUUCUUCUCUAGCACUGGCGUCCAACACGUGUUCACAGUUUCAUGACUUUGUCCAGUUGAAGGCUACUUUAUUGUUACAACUGCUCAAACUUUGACAUACAAGAUGAAGCAAGAUGCCACAAGGAAUGCUGCCUACACCGUGGAUUGUGAAGAUUAUGUGCAUGUGGUAGAAUUUAAUCCCUUUGACACCGGGGAUUCCGGAAACCUAAUUGCAUAUGGUGGCAAUAAUUACGUGGUCAUUGGCACGUGUACGUUUCAGGAGGAAGAAGCAGACAUUGAAGGCCUUCAGUAUAAAACACUACAAACAAUUCACCAUGGAAUCAGAGUUGGUGGCAUAGCUUGGAGCCCAGAGACUAGACUUGAUUCACUUCCUCCAGUAAUCAAAUUUUGCACUUCAGCUGCUGAUAUGAAAAUUAGAUUGUUUACGUCAGAUCUUCAAGAUAAAAAUGAAUACAAGGUUUUAGAGGGCCAUUCAGAUUUCAUUAAUGGUUUGGUGUUUGACCCCAAAGAAGGCCAUGGAAUUGCAAGUGUGAGUGAUGAUCAUACCUGCAGGAUUUGGAACUUGGACGGAGUACAGACAUCUCAUUUUGCUCUUAAUUCCCCUGGGAUGAGUGUGUGCUGGCAUCCUGAGGAAUCUUUUAAGCUGAUGGUUGCAGAGAAGAAUGGAACAAUCCGAUUUUAUGAUCUUAUGUCCCAACAGGCUAUUUUAUCUCUUGAAUCAGAACAGAUACCAUUAAUGUCAGCACACUGGUGUUUAAAAAACACCUUCAAAGUUGGAGCUGUUGCAGGGAAUGAUUGGUUAAUUUGGGAUAUUACUCGAUCCAGGUGGUCCACAAUUAAUGAAAAUUUGUUUGCAACCACUGGUUAUCCUGGCAAAAUGGCAAGCCAGUUUCAAAUUCAUCAUUUAGGACACCCUCAGCCCAUCCUCCUUGGUUCAGUAGUCGUUGGAUCUGGCCUUUCCUGGCAUAGAACUCUCCCACUAUGUGUAGUUGGAGGCGACCACAAGCUGUUGUUUUGGGUAACUGAAAUGUGACAUAAAUUUCUGGCUAGCUUGGAUCCAUAAGUUUUGCAUUUUUGGAGAAUUCCUUAUUUUUAUAUUAAAUAUACUGUAAACUCUAGAAAUAUCUCAGUUGUUUUUGUUAAAUAAAAUAUUAAU